AUGGCAAUACCGAAAUCAGCCAAACAAGGAGAAACUGAUCAGAGAGGACCAACCGAUCAGAAACGUUACAGUGUUAAUGGUGAUCCUGUUCAACAUAUUGCGUUCAUAAAGGUCCAUAAAGCGGCGAGUACUACCGUACAGAAUAUAUUCCUACGGUAUGGAUAUCAACAUGAUCUUGUGUUUGCUUUACCAGCUGGAAAAGAUCCUGCUGGUGUUACAGCAUUCACAAAAAAUAAAAUCCGGACUUUACCAGAAAAUAGGACUAUAGAUAUUUUCUGUAUUCAUGUAAGAUAUAACAAGCAUGAUUUCUCUGCCAUGCUUCCCAGUGAUACUUUGUAUAUAGGCAUUGUGAGGGAACCUUUCAGACAAUUUCAAUCAAAUAUACAGUUCCUACGUCAUAAACGAUGGAUAAAUAUCCCAUGUAAUAAGUUGCCUGUUUCUCAAUAUUUGUCUCGUAAUGAAAAAUAUGUAAAGAUAAAUGGCCGGGUUCGUUUACCUGUUGUAUAUAACGCAAUGUCGUAUGACUUUGGUUUCCCAGUAGAAUUAUUCUGGAAGUCCGAUUACAAUGCCAUGCAGGAUUAUUUACUUGGGCUUAAUGAGGAAUUCGACAUUGUACUUAUAAUGGAGUAUCUAGAUGAAUCCAUUGUGUUAAUGAGACGACAUUUAAACUGGGAUCUUAAGUACGUUCUUUAUGGGAAACUGAAUGCAUUGAAAAAUCCAGAUAAAGAACUGGUCUUUGGACCAGACGAAGAAAAACUAUAUCAGAAUUGGGCUAAACUUGAUUAUGCACUAUAUUACUUUUUCCUUCAGAAGCAUAAAGAACGUAUGCAAAACCAGCCCCCAGAUUUCUUUGAAGAGGUAGCUUACUUCAGAAAAACUAGAAUUAACCUCGUCAAGAAAACCCAAGAAAAUACCUAUAUGUCAAGAAGUCCUUAUCCAAUUGCCAUCAAAUUAGGGGGAAAUUAUGAACAAAAGAAAGAUCCGCACAAAGAUUCAUGA